AUGUUGAUUAAGGAAGUUAGAGUUAUACCGGACGACGCAGGACUGUACAUGCCAGACGACAUUCCAAGAUUUGUUGAGAAGUACAAGGCAAGGACGGCUCGAAAGCCAAGGGUUAGGAGGACGGAUCUGGUGAAAGGGAUGGUUGUUGUUGUUCUCGAGGGCGUUUUUGCAUCGAGGAGGGUAGUCUACCUGAAAGGAUUGGAAGACAACAUUGCCCUCUGUGCAGGCCCAAAGUCGAUUAACGGAAUUCCACUCUUCAGGAUUGAUGAGAGGUAUCUGCUGGCAACAUCCACUGUUUUGGACCUCAACAUGGAUGUCGACAUUGACGGAAAGGACACUGUUUUGACAGAGAGGGAUGUUUACGCUGUGCCGAUGGAUGUUGAAAUGACUGAUGCCGAGAGAAAGAUUGAUGAAGAGAUUGCAAAAGCUGCCAGGAGGGUUGAAUACAUGAAGUCCUAUCUUUCAGAGCCAUUUGAGAUUGACGCAACAAGAAACUUCUACUCUCAGAAAUAUUAA